UUGCUCAUCGUUUGGCAACAAUUCGAAAUGCUCAUCGAAUUUAUGUGUUAGAUAAUGGGCGUGUCAUCGAACAAGGUACACAUGAGGCACUGAUGUCACAAGAAGGAAGUCGAUAUCGUGAGAUGAUGAAAUCUCAACAGAGAGAAAAAAUAGAAAAUAAUAUCAAUGAAACAACUAGCAUCGCACAAACAGAAGAUGAUGAUCAAAACAAAAUAUUGGAACAUGAUCGACGUCGUAGCUCUAAUGGACUUGACGAUGAAGACAAAGCGUCAUCAACUACAAAUCGUCUACCUGUCUUCUUGCGACUUUUGUUUUUGAACAGUCCAGAAUGGAUCAUCAUUCUGAUCGGCUGCGUGGCUUGCCUCAUUUGUGGAGCAGGCCAAUCAGUCCAGGUCAUUCUACUCACACGUACAAUUUCUGCAUUCGGAGCGUGUACCUACGAAGAUCGACGCCUUCAAGUUUUGAAAUUUUCUCUUUUCAUUUUCUUGAUGGGUGUUGCGUUUUUGUUCAUUCGUUUUAUACAAUACACUGCUUUUGCCGUAUCUGGCUCAAAACUGAUCGAGCGUAUUUGUGCUAAAGCUUUUGCACACCUUCUACGUCAAGAAGUAGCUUUCUUUGAUCGUCUUGAAAAUAGUUCUGGAGCUAUUUGUAAUCGUCUCUCAUCUGAUGCGUUGGCAAUUCAGCAGAUGGCUGGCGCUCGUCUAGGCAUUGUUUGUGAAUCAAUCGCAAUCAAGUUCGCUCGCUGUCGAGAUCAUUCACAAUAUGCGUACGGUGAAGCAGUUGGCAAACGAAGAGGAGUUCAAUCUCUGCGAUUCACCACGAUCUUAACGCGGCAGAUGAGUGAUUCAUUGUCAGCAGCUCGAAGUUUCUUCGAUCUAUUCGAUCGAAGAUCAGUCAUCGACAAUUGUUCUACGGAUGGUCAACAAUUGAAUGAUUUCAAAGGUGAAAUCGAAUUUGACCAAGUGGAAUUUGCCUAUGCAUCUCGACCGAAAUCUCGCAUUCUGAAUAAAUUUCAGUUGACCAUCAAACCUGGUCAGCAUGUAGCCCUUAUAGGUGCAUCUGGUUGUGGCAAAUCGACAGUCAUUCAGCUCUUGGAACGAUUCUACGAUCCCAUACAAGGUCGAAUUUGUCUCGAUGGCGUUGAUAUUCGACAAUUGAAUAUUCAAUGGCUCCGUUCGUGUCUUGGUCUUGUUAGCCAAGAGCCUAUCUUGUUCGAUUUAACUAUUGCUCAGAACAUAACAUAUGGUAGAGAGAACAUUUCGAUGGAAGAUAUUAUCAAUGCAGCCACCAAAGCCAACAUUCAUCAUUUCAUUCAGCAGUUACCUCAAGGCUAUGAGACCAGAGUGGGUAUGAAAGGUAGCCACUUGUCAGGUGGUGAGAAACAACGUAUUGCCAUUGCUCGAGCUCUUCUUCGUCAACCAAAAGUAUUGCUGCUAGACGAAGCAACAAGUGCCAUGGAUUCGUUCAAUGAAAAGAUCGUGCAAGAAGCUCUUGAAAAAGCACAAACAGACGAUCCAACUCGAACUACACUAAUCAUUGCUCAUCGUCUGUCGACGAUUCGUUCGUGUGAUUUGAUCUGUGUUCUUGACAAUGGAUACUUGGUAGAAAGUGGUACUCAUGAAGACUUAAUGAAACAACGUGGAGUCUACUAUCAUAUGGUUGUUUGCAGCAAUACUUCGUAA